CAUCUCUACACCCUCUUCACUCCCCGUCCGCAACUCCCAACUCUCAGCCGUACAGCCCAAGUCUGCCACCUCUGCGCACAGACAACCGACAGGGCCAGUCAUUAAUCAUGUCCACCGCGUCCGACGCGCCUCUGGAAGGAUCAUCUUCCUCCACCUCCCUCUCCGGCAUGGGCAUCCAUUUCCCCCCAUCCUCUCCCUCGCCCCUGCUACCCGCACUCUCCCCCUUCCCUCCCCCUGGCAAGUCCAAGGAAGGUUAUGGCGAAGGGAUGCAGAGGUCUCUCUCCGACGAUGGCAACGGCAAGGACGGCGUGCCUGACGCGUCGGGCGGAGGAGGGGCUGCAUCUUUGACUUCUACCGCGAUGUCCCAUUCCUACUCCAACCCCGGCCCAAUACCCGCCCUCUCCAACGCCAACGCCAACCUCCCCCCGUUCGCUGCGCCUGUACCGGUGCACAAGCAGAGCAGCUUGCACCCUACCUAUACAAGCACGCCUCCGAGGCCGAGGACGAUCUCCCCCAGGCCGGCUGCCUCGCAUUCCUUCUCCCCUUCCGGCCAGCACUCGCACCCCCAAGCGCAGGAAUCGUCUCCACAGGGGUUCGCGUCUAGUACGGCAUACGGUGCGAUGCAAAGCGAAGCCGCCCGAGGCAGGGUCAUCUCCCCCCAGAAAGACCCCGGUGCUCCCUCCCCUCUCGACCCGCCCUCUUCCUCCUCUGCCUCCUCGGCUUACGCGUCUGCAAACGCGUAUGACGCUUCCAACCCAUACUCUUCCCCUUCCUCCACCCCCCUCCGCUCCCACCACCACAACCACCACAACAACGGCAGCAGCAGCAAAGAAAAGUAUCAAUCGCUCUUCCCGCUGACGGGCGAAGACUCGCACUUGGGCUCGUCCCCGACGGUGCAUCAGGAAAAAGUAAAGUUUACGGAUAGCACGACGUUCUGGCUUGGGCUGUACUUUUUCUUCAAUCUGGGGUUGACGUUGUAUAACAAGGCGUUGUUGAUGAGUUUCCGGUUCCCCUACACGUUGACCGGGCUGCAUGCGUUAUCGGGGAGUGCUGGGUGUUAUAUAGCGCUUGAACGAGGUGCUUUUGUCCCGGCAAGGUUGACGCAAAGGGAAAACUUGAUACUCGCAGCGUUUUCGGUGCUUUAUACUGUCAAUAUCGCUAUUUCGAACGUGUCGCUUCAGCUCGUCUCUAUCCCCUUCCACCAAGUCGUACGCGCUUCAACACCGCUCUUUACAAUCUUCAUCUCCCUCAUCUUCUUGGGCACCCGAUUCAGCCUGAUCAAGCUCGUUUCGCUGUUACCUGUUGUUGCCGGUGUUGGCUUUGCGUGAGUCCCCCUUUCCCUCCUCUUACUCUUCUCCCUCCUUCCACAGCCAUACGGACAGACGGAGGGAACAAGAGCUGACAAGAAGGGUUCAGGACGUAUGGAGAUUACUCGUUCACUGCUUGGGGUCUGAUCCUCACGCUGCUGGGUACUUUUUUGGCGGCGUUAAAGACGGUAGUCACAAACUUGAUCCAAACCGGCUCCGGCGGGCGUCUUAAACUCCACCCCCUCGACCUCCUCAUGCGCAUGUCCCCCCUCGCCUUCAUCCAAUGCGUCCUUUACGCCUGGCACAACGGCGAGCUCGAACACGUCCGCGCCUACGGUGCCACCCAAAUGACCCGCACCAAGGCUGUGGCGUUGCUCGUGAAUGGGGUGAUUGCGUGUGGGCUGAAUAUUGUGUCGUUUACGGCGAAUAAGAAGGCGGGGGCUUUGACGAUGACUGUUAGUGCCAAUUGUAAACAAGUCCUAACGAUCGCGCUCGCCGUCGUCCUCUUUGGCUACACCAUCACACCCACCAACUCUAUCGGUAUCCUCCUCACCCUGGUGGGGGGCGCGUGGUAUGGGUGGGUCGAGUUUCAGGAGAAGAAGAAGAAGACGACAAAGCUUUCGGAGCGGUCUUGAUUUCUUCUUUUCUUGGGAAUCAUGGGAAUCGGACACCAUCAUUUUUUCGUCUGGUGGGGGGUUACGAAGAGGGAGGGGUGGUCAUGCUCCUCGCGCCCUCGGCGUAUUCUUUCUUAUCCUAUCCCGACAUACGACAAAACCCAACACAAAUAAACACGAAAAGACGAUAUACAAAAUCGGCGCCAAGGAAGGCAAAAGAAAAACACAAUGAGAGCAGAGGGUAGAGAGAGAGAGGAGAGUUACAUCUAUAGAGUUCAUUAUGUGUAGAAGAAUGGCCCGGUAUGUUGGCCCAUCCGGAUUGGGAGAGAUCAUCAUCAUCAAACUUUCGUAUCAGCUUUAUUAGAGUAAAGACGUUUCUCAUUUUUCGUUUUAUCCUUUCGUUUCUUCUCAUCUUGGGUCUUGCAUCUCUUAUCCUCAUUUCUAUGCUCUAGUUUCUAUAGAGUUGGUUGUUCAUGUUGCGUACAUAUGAAUACACGUUAUAUCUCG